GUAAUUUUUUCUGUCAUAGCACACGUUAGAGUAUGCGAACAUUAAACAUAGACAUAUGUUUUUAUUAGUGCGAUUGUAAACGUUAUUAUAAUCAACAGUGUUUCGUCGAUGCCUCCUAUUUACGCGACAGACUGCAUUUAGGGCCCCGAAAAGAAGAAAGUUCGUGAUGGGUUCGAAAACACGGCGUAGGUCUCGUUCCAGGUCCAUAAGUCGGGGCAGAGAUCACCGAAACAAGUCCAGAGUAAACAGGUCGCGAUCUCCAGAUGAGAGGAGAGGUCGCAACAGGUCUCCGAGCCCGAAAAGGACCACACUGGGUCGAGGCAGAUCCAGCAGCGAGGCUUCGAGCGAUGGCUCUCGGGCCCGACCUCAACAUAGGGGCCGAUCAGGGUCCAGGAGUGAAUCGGAGGGGGACAGAUGUCGAAGAGCGCCGCGCCACAGCAGCAAAUCAAAGGAUCGUGUAUCGAGUCCUGAUUCAGAUAAUUCCAAGAUGAGAAGGAGAAGGAAAGAGAUGGAGAAACGCAGCAGUAGAUCCCACGAGAGAAGAAGGGGAAGGUCCCAGUCUGCCUCUGAUUCAAGUGAUGCAAGCAGAGAAAGAGAAAGGAGGAGGAGAAGAAACAGUCCAGUCAGAGACAGACAGAUGAGGGAGCGGUGGAGAAGCAACAGCAGAGACAGAGAAAGGACAAAAGACAGGGACGAAAGCUGGACGAGAAGGAAGAGCAAGGAGAGGGAAAGGGAGAGGGGGAGGAGUAAGAGGAGCAGAGAUAGGGCUGAUGGGAACAGAGGGAGGCAAAGCCCCAGUUCUUCCGAGUCAUCUGAGAGUUCAGGGUCAGAUUGCGAGAGCCGAGCAAUCAAAGAGAAAACUGAGAGGAAGAACAAGAGGGAGAUGAUGAAAGCACUGGAGACGCCAGAGGAGAAGAGAGCCAGAAGGUUGGCGAAGAAAGAAGCUAAGGAGAAAAAAAGGAGAGAAAAGAUGGGGUGGAGUGAGGAAUACAUGGGGUACACCAACGCAGACAAUCCUUUUGGUGACAAUAACCUAUUAGGAACCUUUAAAUGGCAGAAGGCGCUGGAUAAGAAGGGUAUCGGCCAUCUUGGUGAAAAAGAUCUUAAAGAAAGGAACAAAUGUAUUCAGGAGGAGAACCGCAGAGAGCUGCAGAAGGUGAAACAGCUGAGGCUGGAGCGGGAACGAGAAAAAGCCAUGAGGGAGACGGAGCUGGAAAUGCUGCAGAGAGAGAAGGAGGCAGAGCACUUCAAAACCUGGGCUGAACAGGAGGACAACUUCCAUCUGCAGCAGGCCAAACUAAGAUCCAAGAUUAGGAUUCGCGAUGGCCGUGCGAAGCCCAUCGACCUUCUGGCAAAGUACAUCAGUGCUGAGGAUGAUGAUCUGGCCGUGGAGAUGCACGAACCAUACACAUUCCUCAAUGGGCUGACUGUCACCGACAUGGACGAUCUGCUAGAGGACAUAAAGGUAUACAUGGAGCUCGAGCAAGGGAAGAACGUGGACUUCUGGAGAGACAUGACGACGAUCACAGAGGAUGAGAUCAGCAAACUGAGGAAACUGGAGGCUUCUGGGAAAGGGCCAGGCGAUCGUCGCGAGGGCAUCAACACCGCUGUCAGCACAGAUGUUCAGUCUGUGUUCAAAGGAAAAACAUACAGUCAGCUCCAGGCUCUGCACCUGAACAUUGAGUCAAAGAUUCGGGCUGGAGGAUCCAAUCUUGACAUUGGUUACUGGGAGAGUCUGCUGCAGCAGGUCCGAGUCUACAUGGCCAGAGCCAGGUUAAGAGAGCGACACCAGGAUGUGCUGCGCCAGAAGCUCUUUAAGCUGAAACAGGAACAGGGAGUGGAAAGUGAACCCUUAUUCCCCAUCAUCAAAGAAGAUCCAGGCAGUGAGGAAGAUGAGGAGAGAGCGGUGAGGGAGCGCUCGGCAGAAGAACGAGGCCCGUUGGCGCCAUCCACCAGAGAGAAUAAGACCAGAGAAACUGAGGAAGAGGAGGAGCCUCGUCCUUCCACAUCUGCAGCUGGAAAUCAGGAUGAAGAUGGAGGAGAGAAGAGCGAGGGGAAGGAUGAUGAGGAGAAGGGUGAGGCCGUGUUGACGGAGGAGGACCUGAUCCAACAGAGCCAGGCGGAUUACGACUCGGGCCGCUACAGCCCCACGCUGCUCACGACCUCUGAGCUGCCGCUGGACUCUCACACGAUCACCCCAGAGGAAGACACCCACAGGCUGCAGCUGGCCCGCAGGCAGCUCCAAGUCACUGGUGACGCCAAUGAAAGCGCUGAGGACGCCUUCGUACGGCGAGCCAAAGAAGGCAUGGGCAACGACGAGGCUCAGUUCAGCGUGGAGAUUCCCGUCUCUGGGAAAAUGUAUCUGUGGGCGGAUAAAUACCGUCCCAGGAAGCCCCGCUUCUUCAACAGGGUCCACACGGGCUUCGAGUGGAACAAAUACAACCAGACGCACUACGACUUCGACAACCCCCCUCCCAAGAUCGUCCAGGGCUACAAGUUCAACAUCUUCUACCCCGACCUGAUCGACAAGCGCUCCACCCCUCAGUACUUCCUGGAGCCUUGUCCCGACAACAAGGACUUUGGGAACCUACGGUUCCACGCCGGCCCACCGUACGAGGACAUUGCUUUUAAGAUUGUGAACAGAGAGUGGGAAUACUCGCACCGACACGGUUUUCGCUGUCAGUUCGCUAACGGCAUCUUUCAGCUGUGGUUCCACUUCAAGAGAUAUCGCUACAGGAGAUGAGAGAACAAAUCCCCAGGAACUGGAUUUUACACGUGUAAUUAUUCAUUUUGGCUGUACGGUGUUGUAUUCAGCUGCUCUCGCAGAAAGGGCAGUCACAGAUGUUGCAGUUGUCGUCUGCUCAGUACUCAAUAAAGUUUUUCUCACUUC